AUGGAUGACUGCCACCGCGAGUUUACCGAAAGCCAGGAAUUCCACAGGCUCUAUGCCUUCCUGCUGUUCACCACGGGUCUAUGGAUCUCAGGCAAGCUUUUUGCCCGCGCGGGCAUGCCUGCUCUGAUCGGAGAGAUUGCAGUGGGCAUCCUUGCUGGGCCCCACGUGCAAAACGUCGUCCCAGAAGCGGACGCUUUGAUUUUGGAGGGCGAGCUGGCACUGGUUCUGCUGAUGAUAGAAGCAGGCCUCCACGUGGACAUGGAAAUGAUCAAGAUCGUCGGCCUGCGUGCCCUGGUGGUGGGCCUGGUUGGUUCCUUCCUUCCUAUGGGCCUAGGCAUGCUGGUGGCGCGCACCAUCUUGAAGCUGGGGAUGAUGCCGGCCUUUGCCAUUGGAGCCUCCUUUGCGACAAUGUCCACGGGCAUCGCGCUGAAUGUGAUGAAAGCUGGCGGUGUCUUGAACCAACCGACUGGCCAGCUUGUAUUGGCAGCUGCCACGGUGAACGAAUUGAUCAACAUUGCGUUGAUCACAGAGAUUGAUGCUAUUGUUGAGGAUGGACCAUGGCACACCUACGUUGUGCCAAUAGUGGUGAUGUUGGUGCUGGUGCUGUUCAUGAGCGUGCUUGCUGUCAAAGUUGUACCUUGCAUGCUGGACAAGGUUGUGCUGCCGAGAGUACGGCCAAGCAAUCGGCAGAACGUGGUUCUUGGGUUGCUUCUGGUCGCCACUGUCGUGUACAUGCCGGUGUGUAAGCUCACCGGUUCCUCUGCACUCCUGGGCGCGUUCCUGGCGGGCUUCUGCUUUUGCACAGAUGAAGCCGUCCACAACACCUGGAAGCGGCAAGUGAAGCGUGUAGCCACCUUUUUGAUGCGGUACUUCUUCGCUUGCAGCAUCGGCUUUACGGUGCCAGUAGAAGACUUUGGGAGCGCCCAAGUUUGGAUGAAGGCCGGAGCGCUGCUUAUGUGCAUUGUCGGAAAGCUUUGCAUGGGGGUCUUUGCGAUGCCCCUGACGCUGAACGAGUUUCUGACUUUGAGUUUUGCUUGGGGCAGCUGGGGCGAGUUCUCCUUCAUCCUGGCCUUGCGUGCCAUGCGGGGCAACCUCUUGGAAGGACAGGACUAUAGCGCUCUGGUGCUGGCAGUUCUGAUUUCCAUUCUGGUUUGCCCCACUGCCUUGCGCUGCGUUCUCUCGCGAAGCGAGCAAGAAGCAAAGAAAAACAUCGAGGAAGCAAAGAACGACACGGCAUCCUGUGAAGCAGGAAUGGUUCACUCAGUCUAUUACUGUUUGCAGACGCGCUCUCAUGCACAGUGGGGUCAGCAGGCCGCUCUGUUGUCAGCACUUGCAGAGGCUGGGUGCAAGAUCGUGGACUUCCGAUCCUUUCACCCCUUCAGUGAUGUUGGAGCGCAGCACAUCGUAAAUGAGCUGUACUUGAAAGAUCUGCGCUUGGAGCUGGUAUUGGAGGAGCAGCUGUUGCCGGAGGACCAGGAGCGGCUGAACCACCGUACGAAGCAAAUCCUGCAUUUCGUUCUUGCUGCUCUGCGUGAAGCCGAAGUCAAGAUCUUGAGAUGGCAGCCUGGCGAAGGCACAACGGAACUUAUAGAGGAGAUGCACCACACAGGUGCUCCGUACUCAACUGAAGUCCCGGUGCGGUCCUUGAGAAGGGGAGGAAGUCCAUUGGAGCAGAUAGCGGCGCAGCAAGCCCAUGAAGAGAUGCAGAGGAAUCAGAAGAUCAUGAUGCGCAGGCACAGUCAGGCCACAAUGGCCACAGACCCUUUGGAUGACUAUUGCUUUCCAGGCACCCCGAGGGCACAUCAUGAACUGGAUGGCUGGGUGCACACGGAGGCACACGACGCCUUUGAUUUGGCACAGUGCUCGAAUGGACCCUGCAAUUCUGAUAGCUCUGAUGAUGCGGAGACCAAGAGUUCUGGUGAGAGCUCUUCAACAGGAAGCAGAAGUAGUAGAUGUGCAGUCUAGGACAGAGCCUGGCAAAGUGACAGGCACACACUGCAGCGGCGCCGCUGCUAAAUCCCCAGUCUUCCCAUUUCAGAGCCGGUCCUCCCAGCUCUGAAAAGCCAGAGUCGGCUCUGGCAGCAUGGCUUCAUGCAUUCGCUUGCGCUACAUAAGCUGGCCAGAAUAAUUACCUCUGCAACCCUGGCACUUGCACAAGUUGCAUAGUUUGACGAAGCAGGCUUCGCACUGCUUUUUCACCCGCGUGCAACGCUUGCAAUGACUCGCCAAGUGGCCUGCGUUGGAGACGCUGCGUGAC